GCUACUUUAUCAGAAAAAAACUGGUCUUGUGCUUGUUGCCGAUACCGUAUUAGAUAACAUGUUACUUUGUACGUGGUAGCGCAGAAAUAAUAUGUUUGUUUGAUUUGUAUUACAAACGCGCGAGUACGGCUUUGCGGAUUCUUUCCAGUUUCGGAUCGGAUAUUCUAGCAUCGGAUAUUUUAAAAUAUUUUUUUUUCUGGGAAAUAUGACGGGUCUUGUCAGAGGCUAUCUUUUCCUACAGACCAUAUGGAUUGUGGAGAUUACCGGGCGACCGUAUCUGGAUGGUCCGGUUGCGUCGUUCUCCGGGCCGAGUUACGGCGGCUUUGUGGCCAAUCCCAGUUAUUUCCGGCUAAAUUACAACGGAUCCCGUCCGGCUUAUUCUAACGGUUACUACGAACCAACGGGACCGGAAGAGGAAGACGACUAUUACGGGAAUGAUAAUAUGCGCAAUUACAACCGGGACUCGCCUAGGCGAUACCAAAGCCGCAACAAGCCGCGAUACGACGCCGAUUACGAUUGGCUGCGGGAGCGCUUCAACAAAUACUACCGGAAUAAAUUUCGCCGGCCUCGCUGCCAACAUCAUCAUUCGGACGAUGAGGACGACGGACUGGACGGUUUCUUCCGGUUCUUCUUGUGCAACGAGUACUGGACAACGACGACACCGGCGCCGGAAGAGGAUUCCACUGUGGCCGAUACGACGACAGCGGCGCCGGUAGAGAGCACGACGGCCGUUGAAACCGGAAUCAUCAGAGCUAAAGAGAUCUACCUGGACAACGGUCGCUGGUGGAUCCACGAUGAAUUCUUUAACGGGAAGCAUUAUCUCGUCUUCCGCGAUACCAAGAAUCCCACUGUCAACAGCAACGAUAACCGGGUGGCUUUUCAGGAAGGCAUGGGCACCAAGAAUACGCUGACGGCGUAGACGACCUUUUCCGGUUUAACCUCAUUCGGCAAUCUGGACUAUCAGUGCAUGACGUGUACACUGGAAAAUCCUCAUUGAUUGUAUAUAAAUCGGUUAAUAAAUAAUCAUCCGUAUUUCGGUUUUCCGCUAUAAUGCUCUGUUAGUAUUUCAGCAGCCGGCUUGCAUUAAUUGUGGUAGCACGUGAGCUGCGGUGAGGAUUAUGGAUAUUCUGAUUAAAUAUUCGCGUGAUAAUAAAUAC